GUUUGCAGCACAGUGUUCACUUCUCGCUCCGUGAUAGACAACAGUUACUCCAGGCUGCCACACCGCACUUGAAAAAAUAGUUUAGCCGUUGGCUGUUUCUUUUUUUGUCUUCUUCUCUUCACAAAAGACUCAGAAAAAAAACCUAGAACAAUUUCGGUGAAGUCAGGAUCAAUUUGAGGCGAACAGCUAAGAGACCUGAUUGAUCGGAUUCCGGGGUAAAAGGUCAGUCUCGAGUUCUGCAUUUUAGGAAACGGAAGAAAUACUUCAUAGACGGAAAUCUCGUGAUUAAAAACGAUUACCGGAAAACAGUUUGAGAAUUUUUCUUGAACGAAGCAGUUGUACAAGUAUUUAUUUGGAAAAAAAUUAUCACGCGACUGAUUUAAGAAAUGGCGAGCAAAUGGCACGGUAGGAUGAGCCUGAUGCUCCUCGUUGUCCUGAAGCUUGGUCAGAGCGGACUGGCUCAGACAGUUGCUCAGGUGAGUGCAGGUGAGCCUGCAGGUCCCCAGCCCAGCCUGCCGUACUCAGCCAACCUCGUCAACGCUUUGCCAGACCAGGGUGUGGCUGAACCUGCUGGCAGCGCCACGCCAGCGACCUCUGGCGGCACUGGACCAGCAGAUGGUCCGACGAAAGUCGUUGCCACGUUCGAUUCUCUGACCAACGGGACCAACCACUCGGGACCAAUAUUCCAAGACAUCUUCAACCUCAGAAACAAGUCUUCGUGGAAGGGUCAAAGACCGGUCAGUGGCGUUGGGUCAGCGAACUUUCAAACGACCAACGUCACGCGAAACCCGAAGAACUUUCCGUGGACGAGGGGAGGAGGUCGGCUGGUCGAGCCCCCGAACAGGUCCAGCGUGUGGCGCCAGGGCAGGACGGGUGCAAUGGUCAACCUGAACGAUGACCAGCUGAACUGUGGAGCAGAAACAAUGCCAGUCAUGUUCAUGGAGGGAGACGAGCCUGUGUGCGGGGUGUGCGGUGACGCUCUCUUCGGACCGCAGGACAACCUCAUCGGCGGACGUUACGUGUCAUUUCCGACGAGAGUGACUCGCUACUACGACGCCUCCCUGAGCAACAUCAUCCCCGUGACGUUCUUCCUGAACCAGACCGUGAUUCCGGGGCUGGACACAGUGACGUUUGGCCUGUGCCACAUCAUCAACCGCAUGCAUGACGUGACGUGGGAGUGUGUGGAGGACAGCCGCCUGCACAUUGAGAUGUGGGGCAACACCUACUACCCGGGGCACUCUGGCAUGCACAGCGUGGUGCUCAGAAUACCUCCGCACGUCACCUGCUCUCACUGCGUGCUGCAGUGGCACUGGAAGACGUCUGUGGUGGCGGACCGGGCCUACUGCCAGAGUCAUCCCCUGCUACGAGUCUGCUACAGCCCUGUGGAGUACAUCAACUGUGCUGACAUCACCAUCAGCAGAAGCAGCGCCGCCAGGAGCAGCACCAGACCUGUCUAAAGGCCUGCUCACACCACGCGACUAAGCGUUGCAACGUUUGGUGAAGGCACGUGACCCUGUGAUCAUCAGCUUGUUGGAACUCUGGCGAUGCGCCAUCAGCAGAUGACAGCCAGCUCUUAAAACUUUCUGGUCCAAGGACCUGGAGUUCGAGACCACGUCUGGCUAUUGUUCCGUAUCACCUGUGACUUUCACUUGUGCCAUUUGUUGUAAAGAUUCAUAUUGUUUAUUUAUUUUGUUUGUUGAGUUUAUGUAGCGCUCAGUGCGGGACACUAAUGAGAUAGAGCGCUAUACAAAUAUACAUUUAUUUGUAUUAAAUGUCCGUUUUGUUGAGAAAAUGGGAAGUAAACAUAUGAUGUUAUACAUUUGAUGUUGGUCAUGUUUGAGCUAGAUGAUGUCCUUGCUGAAGAUUUGUUCAGUCUACUGGUUAUUGGGCUCUUUUCAAUUAAAAAAAAAAUCCAGAAAAAUUGUCA